CUAUGAAUUCUAUCCAUCUCUUUCUCUCUCUAUUUCUUUCUCUGUAACUUCACUUUCAAUUUCAAUUUUUCAUUGAUCAAGAAUCAGACAAACAACAAAAAUGUUAGAUGGAUUCGACAUGUUUUCAAAUACAGACUACUUAAGCACCAGCAGUUCCAUGUCCGGCGAACCCAAUGAUCAUCAUCAUCAUAAGAACAACAACAAGAACAAGAAGAAUAACAACAAAAGAAGAUUUAGCGACGAUCAGAUCCGAUCACUUGAAGUCAUAUUCAAAUCUGAAUCCAAACUUGAACCAGCCAAGAAACUCCAACUUGCUAAAGAACUUGGACUUCAACCUCGUCAAGUUGCCAUAUGGUUUCAAAACAGAAGAGCUAGAUGGAAAUCGAAAGAACUUCAAAAGGAAUAUACAAUUCUUCAUAACAAUUUUACUUCUCUUUCUUCUCAAUUUGAAUCUUUGAAAAAAGAGAAACAAUCACUUUUGUUUCAGAUUGAAAAGUUGAAUGGUCUGUUGCAAAGAUCAGAACCAGAUCGGGUUAUAAAGGAAGAAGAUAAAACCGAUUUAGGGUUAGGGUUGCCAAUUCUUGGCAACGAUGAUGAUCAUGAUUAUUUUGGGUUGCAGAAUGAAGAUGAUCAAGAACUAUGUGCUAUGGUAGAUGAUUCUUCUUUGCCAUCUUCGAAUAAUUUGGAAAGUUUAGAACUUGGUACUAAUUAUCAAUGGUGGGAUGUCUGGUCUUGAGAAAGAUGUUUUGUUUUUACCAUUUUUGUUCUUUUUAGUCUUCUGGGUAGUGAGAUUGUGAGAGAUAGUUUGAAGAUCAUGAUAUUGUAUAAAAUUUGGUAUAAUCACUU